AUGGCUGCGUUUACUGACAAGCUGGCCAAGCACAAUGCAGCCAACAAGCUGUAUAAGAGCUCUUUGCUGAACACUGUCUGUCUUGUUGCUGGACUGUCAAUUUUCUUCUUCGGCUAUGACCAGGGAUUGAUGGGCGGCGUCAACACGGCUCGUGACUAUGCGGAACGCAUGGGCUUUGGCCACUGGGAUGAAGACAAAAAAAUUGUCGUCGUUGAUAAGCCGUUGUUGCAAGGAGGCAUAGUUGCUGUAUACUAUCUUCCUGGCACGCUCUUCGGAUGUCUCAUUGGAGGCUGGCUUGGCGAUCGCUAUGGCCGCAUCAAGACUAUUGCCAUAGCUUGUGUUUGGUGUAUUUUCGGGGCUACUCUACAGUCAGCAGCCAUGAAUGCAAACUGGAUGUUUUGUGCGCGUGUAUUAAACGGCAUUGGUACCGGAAUUUUGAAUGCCAUCACACCGGUUUGGGCGACCGAGACGGCUGCUCAUACCUCCCGGGGGCAGUUUGUGUCGAUUGAGUUCACCUUGAACAUAUUGGGCGUUGUGGUAGCAUACUGGCUGGAAUUUGGUACUUCCAAAUAUCACGACAAUACAUCUUCUUUUAUCUGGAGAUUUCCCGUCGCAUUUCAGAUUCUGCCGCUCUUGGUUCUUUUCGUUGUCAUUUGGUUCAUGCCAGAAUCGCCUCGAUGGCUUGUCAAAGUCGGCCGCGAAAAGGAAGCUCGAUUUAUACUUGGUCGCCUUCGAGGAGAUGAAGGCGAAGACGCCAUUCACGCAGAAGCCGAGUAUCAAGACAUUGUAAACAUACGGAACCUGGAAAAAGAUACAUCAACUCAACAAAGCUACCUCAACAUGCUUUUCGGCAUCGGCUCUGGGAAACUGCACACCGGUCGACGGGUUCAGCUGGUCAUUUGGCUCCAGAUUUUGCAAGAAUGGAUUGGCAUUGCGGGAAUAACAAUUUAUGGGCCUGAGAUUUUCAGCAUUGCUGGGAUAAGCUCAGAAGACAGACUCUGGGUUAGCGGCAUCAACAACAUCACAUAUAUGUUUGCCACGUUGAUUUGCGUCUUUACUCUUGAUCGCAUUGGUCGCCGUUGGACUCUAUACUGGGGAGCGAUUGGACAAGGAAUUUGCAUGUUCGUUGCAGGCGGCCUUGCUCGGGCCACGAUUAAUGCCGAAGGACACAGCAAUCAGAAACAAAUCGGCGGCGCAGCGACAUUUUUUGUUUUCCUCUACACGGCGAUAUUCGGUGCUACCUGGCUCACUGUCCCCUGGUUGUAUCCCGCAGAAAUCUUUCCACUGCAGGUUCGAGCCAAGGGAAAUGCCUGGGGUGUUGUUGGCUGGUCUAUUGGCAAUGGCUGGACUGUACUGCUGCUUCCCACUAUCUUUAACCGUCUGAAUGAGAAGACUCUCUAUAUAUUUGGGGCUGUCAACGUGCUGUCGAUUUUCGUUGUUUGGGCGCUGUAUCCCGAGUCGAACCAGCGCACAUUGGAAGAAAUGGAUCUUGUCUUCGCCAGCGACAGUAUAUGGGCCUGGGAAGCUGAGCGCAACUUUGCAAAGCUUAAAGAAGAGAAUCCUCAGUUGGUUCAAGGUUCAACCGGGGUCACAGAUAUAGAACACGCUACCGCAGCAAAGGAAUAA